UUUCUUUCCAAAGUCCCACCCCAUGGACCCCUCAUAGCCACCUCCUAAAAGCCUAAAAUCCUUUUCCAUUUCCAUUCAUUUCUACUUUGACCAAUUCUCUACUUGAUGUCUUUACCACUUUAGGGUUUUCUUUUCUUCUCCUACUCUCUGUUCUGCCAUAUACGAGAUCCAAUUGGGCUUCCCAUAAAAUCCUCUCUCUUCUUAACUCAUUGGUUCGGCGCUCAGAUUCAUUCGUUUCACGUUUUAUCUUUCUCCCCUUUUUGAGCUUUUCUCACUGCAGGGAAUUCCGGGUUUUGCUUCGCUUGGAGCCGUGCUGGGUAUACGGCAGAACUUUGAAGGGGUUUCCUUGUGGCUUCCGAGUUCUUUUGGAUUGGGUUAAGCUCGAAUACGGGUAUGUUUUCUGCUUCUAGCCUCGGAUCUUGGGUUAAUUUUGGGGCUGUUGGUGGGAUGGAUCUGUAUGUUGCGUGUAGCUGUGGUAAAGGACAAAAGCGGAAUUGAAAUCGAAAUCAGAAAUCCUUUAGAUUGAAUUCAGGAAUGAUUAGCUUAGGGCUUUAGUUUGUUGAAGUGAGUGUGCAUCAGAGUUCGAAGUUCUGCGGUUCUUUUGGUUGCUUCGAAAGAUAUCGAUUUUUGAGGGUUAGAGCUCGGAUUUCAUAACUCUGGGGCAUCUUCCGAAGUUUAUGCAUUGGUUUAACGUAGUGGAACAAGAAAACAAGUAGUAGUUUAUUGUUGGUGCAGGUUUGGUUUUGUGUACAAAUGGAUAAUUCCAAAAACAGGCAAAGUGAUAAUUUGGGCGUGAACAAAAUGGGAAAAAAUAUAAGGAAGAGCCCACUACACCAGCCUAAUUUUGGUAAUAAUGCUUCUAGACAACAGCCUCAGCCUCAGGUAUACAAUAUAAGUAAGAACGAUUUCCGAGACAUUGUCCAGCAGCUUACUGGAUCACCUUCACACUCACAGGAACCUCCUCCGAGGCCUCCUCACCAUCCACCAAAACCACAGAGCAAUCGGUUGCAGAAAAUAAGGCCUCCCCCGUUAACACCCAUCAACAGGCACCCCAUGCCUCCGCCAAUGCCAGUCCCUGCAGCCUCUCCCCCUGUUCCUUAUAAUAAUAGCUUGCAUAGGCCUGCUCAAUUAGGGCAACCAUCUCCAACUCCUAUGCAUCCAUUAAAUCCAGGGGACAUGAUUUGGUCUCACCCCACUGAGUCACCCAUCUCUGCUUACAUGCGCUACCUUCAAAGUUCAAUGUUGGAUCCAAGUCCAAAGGGUGGCCAAGCUCAACCUCAGCCACAGCCAAACCUUCAGUUCCAAGGGCCAGGCAAUUUUCAGCCCCGACCACCAUCAUCUGCUUUGCUUCCUAAUCCUUCUGUGCCUCUGCUCCCUUCUCCUAGGCUAAAUGGUCCUAUUCCACCCAUGAAUGCCGCUAAUCCAUCUAUGCCGCCAAACAUUCCCUCCCCGCAACCAAAUGGUCCUCCACCUUUGCUUUCUCCAACCUCCCAGUUCCUCUUGCCAUCUCCUCAUGGUUUCUUCAAUAUGCUAUCCCCACGGUCACCUUAUCCGCUUUUAUCACCUGGAAUGCCGUUUCCAUCUCCUCUUACACCCAACUUUCCAUUCUCACCAAUGGCACAGUCAGGGAUUUUAGGCCCAGGGCCCCAACAUCCACCUUCUCCAGGCCUUUCAUUUCCAUUGUCUCCUUCAGGUUUUUUCCCUGUCUCAAGUCCUCGGUGGAGAGAUCAUUAGUCUUUUCAUAUUGAUGCUUCGUUGGGAAGUGCUCUUUUCCAACUGGACUAAUCUUGAUUCUCGCAAGAGCUUUUGUUCAUUGCAUGUAAUGUACAAUAAGUUUUAUAAGGUCUUUCUGGCUUUUUCUCGUGUUCCCUUUUCAUUUCUCUUUUUUUGAUAACUAGAAUGGAUGCAACCCUUGUACUUUGACAAGUUUUACAUUAGCUUAUAUAUUGAAGAACAGACAACUCGAUUGGACAAUUGGACAAGGGCGACAUGGGAGAUCUGAACUGUAAAAUGAAAGGAAGUAGGAUUACGGACAAUAUUUUUCAUGUAGAGUAGAUAAAGUUCUUUUAUGAUAUAAUGGGGUUUCAUAUUUUGUCUUUUCUAUGGAAGGCGUCUUUAGAUGAUAUUGUGCGCAUUAGUCAUUACCAUGUCAUCUGUUCAAAACGAUAUUUGCUUUCGCAGCUGUACAAGUUUUUGUCGCAAGGAUUUCCUUAUUUGAUUGA